CGAAGUUUGAAUUCUCUCCUUCUGCAUCCGCCAUGGAUUACGUUCUUUCUCCUCCUCCUUCUUCGGACGGAGACAGGGAUGCGGACUUCGACGAGGCGUGGUACGGUAAUAUACAAUACCUUUUGAACAUAUCAGCGCUAGGCGCCUUCUGCUGUGUCUUCAUCUUUAUCUUCGUCAAGCUCCGCAGCGAUCACCGUCGAAUGCCUGGCCCCGCGGCCCUUGUCACCAAGCUCCUUGCCGUUUGGCACGCUACCUGUCUCGAGAUUGCUCGUCACUGCGGUGCUGAUGCUGCUCAAUUUCUUCUCAUCGAGGGUGGAAGCUGCGCACUCCUACUUUCUAUCGCUGUCUUCGCCGUCUCCCUCCUUCUUCCUCUCAAUCUCUACGCUGGGACUGCUGCGAUGGAUGAUCAGUUUUCCAAGACCACCAUCACUCACAUUGAGAAAGGUUCGCCUUUGUUGUGGAUUCAUUUUAUUUUUAUGGUUAUUGUAGUUGGUUUGGUACAUCUCGGCAUCUCUUCCAUCGAAGAACGACUCAAGGUUACUAGAUUCAGGGAUGUAAAUGGUAAUCCUAGUGACCCUAAUGGGAACUCGAUUUCAAUUUUCACCAUUAUGGUGCAGGGGAUCCCUAAGACCCUAGCGGCCAAUAAAACCCCAUUGGAGGAGUAUUUUCAGCAUAGAUAUCCCGGGAAGGUUUAUAAGAUUAUUGUACCGAUGGAUUUGUGUUCUUUGGAUGAUUUGAUUACUGACUUGGUGAAGGUUCGGAGUGAUAUUUCUUGGUUGGUUGCUCGAAUUGACGCUCAGCUCCUAUAUGGUGAGAGUGAUGAUGGUGAAAAUGAAGGAGAAUCUUCUGAGGGAGUAUGGGGCUGGCUUCAGAAUCUGUGGAGAAAAAUGAAGGAUCUUUGGGUUCAGGUUGUCUGUCGAUUGGGUUUCACAGACGAAGACAAAUUGAAGAGACUGCAAGAUUUGAGGGCUGACUUGGAGACUCAACUUGCAGCUUACAAAGAAGGCCGAGCACAAGGUGCCGGAAUUGCAUUUGUGAUAUUCAAGGAUGUCUACACAGCUAAUAAGGCUGUACAGGAUUUCCGAACUGAGAAGAAGAAGAGGCCGAUAGGAAAAUUCUUCUCUAUCAUGGAACUGCAGUUAGAGAGGAACCGAUGGAAAGUUGAGCGUGCUCCACCAGCAACUGACAUAUACUGGAAUCACUUGGGAUCUACAAAGUUCUCAUUGAGAUUGCGUAGAGUGUUUGUGAAUUCAUGCCUUCUGUUGAUGCUUUUGUUCUGUAGUUCUCCUCUUGCCGUGAUCACUGCUGCUAAGAGUGCGGCACGGAUUAUCAAUGCAGAGGCAAUGGACAAUGCUCAAUUGUGGUGGGCUUGGUUCCAAAGCUCAAGCUGGCUUGCAACCAUAAUUCUCCAAUUUCUGCCCAAUGUUCUUAUAUUUGUGAGCAUGUAUAUAGUGAUCCCAUCAGUACUGUCCUAUCUUUCCAAGUUCGAACGACAUCUCACCCUAUCUGGAGAGCAGAGGUCUGCACUCUUGAAGAUGGUCUGCUUCUUCUUGGUGAAUCUCAUACUCCUUAGAGCUCUGGUGGAAUCUUCCCUGGAGGGUGCAAUCCUGCGGAUGGGUCGGUGUUAUCUGGAUGGCGAAGAUUGCAAAAGAAUUGAGCAGUACAUGAGUGCAUCAUUCUUGUCAAGAUCAUGCCUCUCUUCACUUGCAUUUCUCAUCACAAGCACUUUCUUGGGGAUAUCUUAUGAUCUGUUGGCUCCAAUCCCUUGGAUCAAGAAAAAGUUGCAGAAGUUUCGAAAGAAUGAUAUGCUUCAGCUGGUUCCAGAGCAGGGUGAAGAUUACACUUUAGGAAGCCAAGAAAUAGAUAGCCUACGAAUGCCUCUGAUGACUGAAAGAGAGUUUGACACAAGUAUGAACAUGAAUGGUGUUUCACAUGUUUCUCCAUUGAAUGGAAUUGAUCUUCAGGAACAAGAUCUUACCAUUUAUCCUAUCAACAGAAGCUCUCCUGUUCCGAAACAGACAUUUGAUUUUGCUCAGUAUUAUGCAUUCAAUCUCACUAUAUUUGCCCUUACCAUGAUCUAUUCUUCAUUUGCCCCUCUUGUGGUCCCUGUUGGUGCAGUGUAUUUUGGGUAUAGAUAUAUGGUUGACAAGUACAACUUUCUAUUUGUGUACAGAGUUCGUGGGUUUCCUGCAGGCAAUGAUGGCAAACUGAUGGAUAGGGUAUUGUGCAUCAUGCGGUUCUGUGUAGACUUGUUCCUUCUCUCAAUGCUAUUGUUCUUCUCAGUUCAAGGGGACUCUACUAAGCUACAGGCGAUAUUCACUCUUGGGUUGUUAGUGGUGUAUAAGCUGUUGCCUUCAAAGAGUGAUGGGUUUCAGCCAUCGCUACUGGAAGGCAUACAAACUGUGGAUAGUAUUGUUGAUGGGCCUAUAGAUUAUGAGAUUUUCUCACAGCCCAAGUUUGACUGGGAUACAUAUCAUGUAUGACAAGAUUUUAAACACUAAGCAAUUUGUUAGUGUGUAAUUGUUAUUAAGAAUUGGUUUUUCCACUCAGGUCAUUCUUUUGCUUCCUUAAAUCUUUUUAAUUUGUUGUAGCAUUAUCUGUGUAUUUUUAGUGGGGUUUCCUCUUGAAAAUUUAUAGUGCAUUCAUUACAAGGAACUGAAAUCC